UGCAGCACGUCGGCCCAUUGCUCUGUUAAUCCAGUGAACACUCACUACGAUCUGCCUGUACGCUCUGCUCUACUCUUGAGCUCUGCUGAUCCAACAAAUGAAUGACAGGACACCUCACUCUGAGAAGACACCAACAUUCUGUCCAGGAUUAUAACACUGCUGUGAACGUCAUCAGAUCAGAGCCAUUAAUUGUGUGCUGGGGCUCCACUGGGCUCAGUUGGGCCAGUUGAGUAUGAGGUCCCAUGCCUGCACCGUGACUUUCCUCCAGCCUGUUGCUCUUUACCUCUGUCUGGCACCUGUGUGUUGGGCUGCUGCGCUCCCUAGCUCCUGUGGCGUCAUCUACAAGAGCUUUGCUCAGUGUCUCCUCACUCUGGGGGACAGUCUGGGUGACACACAGAAAGAGCAGAGCACACAGGACAUUGACACAGUCUGCAGGUCAUGGGACGCGUUCCAUGUGUGUGCGAAUGCGGCACUUGCCGGUUGUCCUGGAGAUGCAGCGGCUGUGUGGGAGUCUCUGAGGCAAGAGUCCAGGAAGACACAGUUUUCUGGAAACCUCUAUGACAUGUGUGCCAGCCGCACCACACUGGCACCCAAUACAGUGCCCGUGCCACCUUCACAGAGCCCACCAACGUCAGACCAGACCAAUCAAGAAACUCUAAAAGGGCACACGCAUCACCUUGGACCCGCCUACACCACGCUUCUGCUCUCAGCAUGCAUCUCUUUACUGCUCCUGCUCAGGAUGUAGCCCUGAUCUCCCUCAGACUGCUAUAGGCUCUCUGUGAGUCUUGUGUUUUACUGGACUGAGCAUGUAUUAACCAACACACACCUGUAAAACCCCCUUACUCCAACACACACGCAAGCACACAACCCCUCACUCCAAAAUGCGUACCUCCUCCAACAUGCAUACACACACAGGAAUGUACAUGUAUGUAAACACACACACACACACACACACACACACACACACACACAGAAACGCAAGAAAACACUCCCAAGCGUUAUGGACGUCAUUAUUGUGCAUAUUAUGUAAAAUAACAUUUCUAUGUCAACCUCUCUGUGCAAUUUUCUGAAUACCACCUAUCGUUUAUCAGAGUGAAGAACUGACAUUACUGAUAGAGUUGCUCUUUAAUCUACAUGUUGUGUGAACUCUGUUUUUAUAUGUAACAUGUGUAGUGGGGACUCCAUAAGAUAAAUGGCAAUAUGCAAGAGACUAUAGUUAAACCAUGUGCAAUCAAGUAUUAUGCUAAGAUCAAAUAAUGGUUAUGAGAAGCGAGUAUCAAAGCAAGUAAUAUUUAAUAACUUUAUAAAAUGAAUGGAUUCACAUACAAGGCAUAAAGCUUAAGUUACAAAGCAUUAACAAGCAUUAUUGUUGGCAUGGUCAGAGAGAGAGAGAGACAAAGAAACUAUGUCUUGAGCCAUGGCACAUAGCUCAUGAGAGAGGGAGAAAGAAAGAAAGAUAGAGUAUCUCACCACAGCAGUUCAGGAACAAAAAAUAGAAAGAACAAUGAAUCUAAGACAUUUUAUAAUGUCUGAGUUGUUUGGAUACAGAAUCUGAGUUGUUGACCAAAAGCAUUACUGUAAAAUUACCUCAGAUCAGAUAUCAGACCUACAGACCUGUAAAGACAACAGAACGUCUGCUACCCAGAGGUGCAACAACGGGGGUUGGUGAGAUCAACACAGAGGAAUCCUUGUAUACAGUUGAUAAGUAACUCUAGGGGCUGGGCCACCCUACACAUAUAUCCACUUAUGUGUUUUUGAUAUGAGCUAUAAA